CGUUGCUGCGCAUGGCACAUAGAUGGCGCUUUUACUGGCGCAAUAUUUAAAAUUGAAAAUUCGAAAUACGACCAAUGACACUUUCGUUCUUUUUUAACCCAAUUAGCAACCACACACAAAAACGCGCGAAUUAGAGUCUGAGUGCCUCACAAUGCGGUAGUGUCAGAGAGUGUUAGCUCUCUCGUGUGGGUGCUUAUAUGUGUCUCGCAGCUGCGCCGACACCAGGCAGCAGACAGAUCGCUGCCAUUGAUAAGCCUACAAAUUGGCAGUUUAAAUAGCGCGCACUUUCGCUACUUGCCACACAGUUGGCUUAGAAGUUUCGCAGCAUGAAGUCCACACUGCUGCUCUUGCUAUUUGCUUUAGCUGCCGUGGAUUUUUCUUUUGGAAAUCCUUUAGUGGGUCUUUUUGAUGCCGCCUGCUUUGUGGUCAAGAACAACGACUGUCCAAAUAAGAAUGUUACCUUCUGGCUCUACAGCAACGCCACUCGCGAUGCUCCCGUCCAGCUAAAUCCCCUUGAUCUCAACCCCUGGGACUUUCAGCCGCCGCGUCCACUCAAAAUACUGCUGCAUGGCUACACAGGGCAUCGCGACUUUGCACCCAAUAAUCAUAUACGUCCCGUCCUCCUGGACAACGAGGAUGUCUAUGUGAUCUCCAUUGAUUAUGCUCCUCUGGUCCGAUAUCCCUGCUAUGUUCAGGCGGUGCAAAAUCUCCCAUUGGUCAGCAAAUGUCUCGCCCAACUCAUCAAUAAUCUGGUGAAUCACGGCAUUGUGCAACACGAUCAGAUCCACAUCAUUGGCUUUAGCUUGGGUGGCCAGGUGGCUGGACAAACAGCCAACUAUGUGCAGCGCAAGUUGACACGCAUCACGGGCUUGGAUCCCGCAAAGCCACUUUUUAUCCUGGGCAGCGAUAUGCGACGCUUGGAUCCAAGUGAUGCGGACUUUGUGGAUGUGAUACACACAGAUACUCUGGGUCGUGGCAUGCUGCGUCCCAUGGGGCAUGUCGAUUUUUAUCCCAACUUUGGGCCACUGCAACCCGGCUGCAUGGAGGAGAAUCCCGAUGAUCCGGGUAGCUGCAAUCAUGAGCGUGCUCCUCGCUUCUAUGGCGAGUCCAUUAAUUCGACGCUGGGUUUUUGGGGUCGUCAAUGCGCCAGCUGGUUAGUCUAUCUCUUUGGUCUUUGCUCCACACGUGCACCCCAAGCACUGAUGGGCUAUCGUGUGUCUGAGGAAGUAAAAGGUGUCUAUUUCCUCAAGACGGACAGCAAGCCGCCUUUUGCAUUGGGCAUGCAGGAGGAGGCGGAUAACACCAAAUACGUUGCAAAAUUCCAUUUCCAUUCGAAGCAUAAUGAAAUAGAAGAUGAUUACGAGCCGGAAUGGGGCGAAACAAUUCCAGAACUGGAGUCCAAUGAUGUCGAGAUCAACGAACUGGAAAAGCAGUUGGUCUAUAAAGAGCAGGAGGCGCUUGAUGAGCCGCUAACUUGAGCUAAAUUGUGAUAGUAUUUAAUAAACAUUUAUACUGCCUACUAACGGAUCUAAUAAAGUUAAUUUAUAUAUUUA